AUCGCUACAUGUGGCAGUUCGAGGUAGGUUACGUAUACACACACAUGCCAAUCGAAUAUGGGGUGUUUCAGGGGCUUGUGUCGCGAUAAGAUAAAGGAGUGACACAGAGCCAGCCACAACAGUCUCAUCAGAACAGGUUUAUAAUGGGGACGUGUGGUUGGAUGCUGUCUGCGGCCGUGCUGGUGUGUGUGGUGUAUGCCUGCCUAGACUGUACAGGAGUCCAUGGCCAGGCGCACAACACUCAACAUGAGGGACAAGGAGCAAUGGGGGGCGUGAUGCAGAGUAACAGUCUUUCAACAGCGGGGUUGUUGGCAUCUUCCUUUUGUACUAUUGACAAUCCUUCCUGUCAAUUGGAGGAUGUGCAAUGUUUCACUGACUCUGACUGCUAUGAUGUCUUUCCGAAUCUCGCUACGGCUAUAGGGAUGGGAAAAAUCUACCCUCAGCCCACUGCCCCUGUCUGCCGUAAUCUCACUACAACGAACUUGGCGGAAGAUAAGGGACGAUGUUCAUGUAAGGAAAACCAGUGCGUCUCUUACAGCAAGAAAUUUGGGAGCAAUAUGGUUUUCUUCUACUGUGGUCCGUGUGGUUUUGUUGGUUCACAAUGUGCCAGCAACGUCAACUGCACCCAUGAGCAGUCAGAGUGUCGGGGGUCGUUCUGCGAGUGUAAGAAGAAUGGCGAGUUUUACGAAGUCAGCUACUGCAAGAUUCCCUACGUUGGCUACGAGACUGCUCUUCAGAUUGUGUUGAUUGUCUGUGUUGCUCUUGCUGCCUGCGUGGUGCUGGCCACCAUCUACAAUGCCUCACCAUUCAGGAAGCGAUUUGGAAGUCUUAGACAGCUGUGUACGUGUUCAAGGGAGCAGCCGAAUCCUCAAGAACCUCCCAACACUGACAUGCCCCCAGCCUAUGAUGAUGUGGUUGAAUCCUUACCUUCAUACCAGGAUGCCCUUCAGAUAUCACCUGUGGAUACAAAUGAACUCUCGUGAGGAGCGAAGGCGUCGCAUGGAAGAAACCGUUACACAGGGAGGUUAGAAGAACACGUCACCUGAAAGUUUAGCUACGAAGCCAUGCCGGGGUCAGUAUCUGAGUGACCUGGGUAGAGCUGCCACCUGCCAGAGUCUGUGGUCAUUAGUCUUUAGUCACCAUAAAUCUCUAGCAGUGGCAGUUUCAGUGGUCUCAUAAAGCUGGCCUGUGAGAGUGAUUGCUGCAUAAUGCAGUGAAUAGUUUGAUGUAUAGAUUGCAUUGAUUUGAAAAUUCUAGUAUAAUUGAUAACUACUUAUGUUCCAAUUUUGCUGAAUGCAGUGAAUGUUAAGGAGUGAAGAAUGAAAGUUGCAUGUGCUUGGAAGACGAGGGUUUUAGAUUACAUUAUUUAGCACAUGAGACCAACAUGACAGACUAAGGAUUCCUAGCUGCACAGUCUUCUUGCAACAGGAGACAUCAGUUUUGUGGAUUACUGGUGAAUUUGUAUAAAACAAAGUGAGAAACAGAACACUCAGAUACUGAGGCAACAUCGAUAAACAAGAGAAGCCGGGACAAGUCCCAGCCGGGCUGGAUGUCACAACACUAGGCUUGAGUUAUACAAACAAUUACUGCAACAUGGGCUGAACAGCUUUUUUUUAUGUACUAAUUGGCUCUGUUUUGCUAAGACAGAUUGGCCAUUUAGAACUUACAGAGAUUUGCAAUAUCCUUUCAUAACAGCCAUAAUGUUUUGGUCAUCCAUUCCGGCUAAGAAAGUUUGAGACGAAGAUUGGCAUCGAGCACCGCCUGGGAUUACAACCAAGGACAAACUGUCCUUGUGGGGCCUGGUAGUGUGCCAGCAAAGUGCCAGCUGCCACCAAUACCUCCACAUUGAACAUUCUUUUAUAUUUUUGAGUGAUUGACACUGCACCUGUAAAGAGACCUAUGUAUAUGUUCAAAAGUGUCACCUACUUUUUUGGAUUUCAGGUCAGAUAAUGUCAAGGAAAGUUUUUGAGGGCAUUGAUUACCUCUCCUACUGAUGUGAUAACAAAUGAUCAUGAGAUGUUCUCUAAGCCCCAUUCCAAAAUCACUCUUCAAUCUUUCUAGCCCUCUUUAUGUUACUAUCACAUCACUAGAUUAUAUACUUAUAAAGAAUCACCCUUACAUUUUUUUAUAAGAAUUAAACUGUGCAAUUUUUCUUAUCAAUAUAAAUGGAAAUUAGCUGA